AUGAAGAAGGAGGAAGGGUUCCCUAGUUUCCCUAGCUGGGGACGUUCUAUAAGAUCAAGGUCAAGAACUAUCGCUCCACCAGUACUACUUGUGCACGAGACGCUGUUCCAGUCAGCUAUUUCUGGAAAGUGGAAACACCUUGAAUAUCUAAAGCCCUCUUCCGGAAAUUGCUGUUCUGGCCAUCUCCAAAUAGGUACUGCCAUGAUAACUAUCUUUCUUAUAUAUCAAGUUAUGUACGUGUGUUGCUUUUUCUCCUUCCAUGCCCAGCCACAUACGCUCUCUUACUCAUCUGGCAGAACCAUCGCACGUCCAAAACAACCUGUUCUUACUCAUAGCAUUGGAGAAACUCGCCACUCCUUACACCAAGCCUCCACAUAUCAAAUCCCACACCCUAUUCAUAUAUACGGCCAUCAUUGUCCUGGCUUGCACCUCUGCAUUCAAGAGCUCACCUCUCUCAGCAGCCCACCACCAGGAACUGAGCUUAAUGAAAAUUUCAACCAAGCAGCUGUAAGACCUUCCCCUGUCUUCUCACGUUGCAAUCAAAGAGUUCCUCAACUCUGGAAGGCCUCAAAGUCUGCAAGGUUGUUGUCUUUCUUCAUAUGGCAAGGACGAAAUCACUUGAUACUAAGCCAAUGCCCUCUUCAAGAGACAACAGAUUCCGAUUUGGGCACCGCAGGGUAA